ACCACACACUGCAACACCAGUAGCAGUAGGGGGCGAGCAAGCAUAUAGAGAGGCCAGGCCGACCGCCUGGAUGCAUGGCCGUCACUUUGCUGCAUUACACAGCAUGCUCAUAUACUAGCACAUACAGGCAUAUCAUAUAUACGUGCAUGCGUUGGAGUUUCAAUCUCCUAGUCCUAGCUAGCUAGUACACAUCAAUUUAUUUGGAUCAGCGGAGCUAGCUAGGCGCCAAAUUCAUUCACCGGCAACCGCCAGGUGCAAAGAAACUGACAGCUAGUAGCGGCGGCCGGCGGCGUCGACGAUGGGUUUCAACCCUCCGGUGCCGCAGCAGGACAGCGACUGGGAGAUCCGGGCGGCGGUGCAGGUGAGCCUGCUCCUCCAGGUGUUCCUCAUCUUCGUGGGCCCCAUGCGCAAGCGCUCCUCGUCUCCGACACCCCGCUUCAUCGUCUGGUCUUGCUAUCUCCUCGCCGACUGGGUCGCUGACCUCGCCCUUGGCCUCCUCCUCAACAACAUGGGCAACAUCGGCGGCGGCGGCGGCGGCGGCAACUCGUCCUCCAGCUUCGGCCUCAAGCGCGGCGGCGGUGGCGGCACCGCUGGCCCUGGCAGCAACAACAACAACAACAACGCUGCUAGCAGUAGCGGAAGCAGUAGCCCCAUCAUCUUCUCGUUCUGGACGCCGUUCCUGCUGCUCCACCUUGGCGGGCCGGACACCAUCACCGCCUACUCGCUGGAGGACAACGAGCUGUGGCUCCGCCACCUCAUCGGCCUCCUCUUCGAGCUCUUCUCCGCCUGCGUCAUCUUCUUCUGUUCCCUGCACGGCAACCCGAUGAUCCACGCCACCGUGCUCAUGUUCGUGGUCGGCAUCAUCAAGUACGCGGAGCGCACCUUCUCCCUCUACUCCGGCAGCGUCGACGGCUUCCGCAACAAGAUCCUUGACCCGCCGGAGCCUGGUCCCAACUACGCCAAGCUGAUGACGGAGUUCGACUCCAAGAAGAAGGCCGGGCUGGUGGUGGAGAUCGACAUAGCCAACGGCGAGGCCGAGCAGGCACACAAGGAGAUGGAGAAUCAGGAGACGACGCGGCUGGUGUCCAAGGAGAAGAGCGUGGAGGCUCGCGCCUACGACUUCUUCCUCGUCUUCCGGCGGCUCUUCGUCAACGUGAUCCUGAGCUUCAAGGAGCGGCGGCAGAGCCAGGCCUUCUUCCUGGAGCGCGACAACAUGAAGGCGAGCGAGGCGUUCGAGGUGAUCGAGGUGGAGCUCAACUUCAUCUACGACAUGGUGUACACCAAGGCGCCCGUCGCCUACACCAGGACCGGCUGGGUGCUCCGCUGCAUCUGCUCCGCCUGCCUCGUCUCCGCGCUGCUCAUCUUCUUCUUCCUCGACAAGCCGGCGCACCACAUCCAGCCCGUCGACGUCGGCAUCACCUACGCGCUGCUGCUGGGCGGGCUGGCGCUCGACGCGGCGGCGCUGCUCAUGAUCUUCUUCUCCAACCGCGCCCAGGUGUACCUGGAGGAGCCCCGGCGGCGGCUCGGCUGGCUCAAGUGGCUGAGGCAGGCCACCAAGCGGUGGCGGACGCGGCGCUGGUCGGGGAAGACAUCGCAGCUCAACCUCGUCGAAUACUGCCUCGGCAAGCCGGGAAUUUACAGUAACAGAGGUGGACGGCGGUGGCUCCACAAGAUGGCCGAGAAGAUGCACGUCGACGAGAUCGUGGACGACUUCGUCUUCAUCCGCCGCGUGCCGCUACGCAGCAAGCAGGAGGAGGAGGAGCAGGAGUCCCCUCUUCUCCUCGAUUUCAUCUUCGAAGGCCUCAAGCCAGCGGCGGAGAUGCUGAAAGCCAAAGGAAAAGGGGAAAUCAUGGAGAUGUGCAACUGCCGCGGUAAGCGUGUCGUCCAGCGCCACGCCGCGGAGAUGAAGAAGGCCAUCGAGGAUAACGAGGAGGCGAAGCGCCUUGCCAUGGAUAGAAUCAGCAAGUCCCUCGAGGAGAAGGACGAGGCGAAGCGGCUUGCCAUGGACGACAUGGACAGGAUCAGGGCCGAGGUCGCGGAGGAGAAGAUGGAGCUGAUCCUGAACAGCGUGGUGCAGAGUGACUUCGACGAAUCCCUGCUGCUGUGGCACAUCGCCACCGACCUGUGCUUGCUCAGGGACUACCAAGGGCCGAUGCCUCAAGACAUCUCACGGAAGCAGGUCAUCUCCGAGACCCUGUCGGAGUACAUGCUGUACCUGCUCAUCAAGCAGCCGGAGAUGCUGGCGGCGACGGCGGGCAUCGGCCUGCUCCGCUACCGGGACACGUGCGAGGAAGCGCGGCGGUUCUUCGGAUCCAUGGAGGCGUGGAUCGACGACAGCAAGGAUGCGCGGAGGAUGCUGCUGAGCGUGAACACGUCCAAGAAGCCGUCGGAGGUGAAGGGCGACCGGAGCAAGUCGGUGCUGUUCGACGCGGUCAUCCUGGCCAAGGAGCUCAGGAAGCUGGAGGAGGAGCUCAUGUGGAAGGUCAUCACGGGGGUCUGGGGGGAGAUGCUCACGUACGCAGCGGGAAAAUGCCGGGGGAGCAUGCACGUCCGGCAGCUCAGCCGCGGCGGCGAGCUCAUCACGCUCGUCUGGUUCCUCAUGGCGCACAUGGGGCUCGGCGACAUGUACCAGAUCCAGGAGGGAGACGCCAAGGCCAAGCUCAUCGUCAAAGACCAGUAGUCGUAGCUAGCAAAAAGCUCAGCCCGGCCCUCAGCUCGAUCGCUCAUCGUCGUCGUCUAUGAACCUUCUUCAUUCCCUGCUCAUCCCAUCGUUGCUAGCUCAUUUACCGAUCGUUGGGUAUUUAUAUUAUCACACUGAUUAUUUGGUUGUUUGUCGCUAUCUAAUCCUCAGCUAGCACCCUAAUAAAAGCUUGUUUCUUACUCCCAUAUGUAUACUACAUUCUAUUAUUUUUUUUCUCUCGAAUACGCAAGAGGGUUGCAUA